AUGGUGACAUCCACUCCGGUGUCUCUGAUCUCGACAUGCCUCGGUGAAGCUUCUAUGCAGCGAUAUUUCCGACCUCUUCUCUCCUUCCGUCCAUUCCACAGCUCUGUUGCGGCAGCCAAGACACCCGAUCUCUUCGCUAACAGCCUCCGCAAGACCCUAGAGGCUCAUCGAUCCGCCAAUCGGGCUCGGCUCGUCCGAAAAAUAUACCCGAAAGAAGAUCCCCCGGGACUGUGGCGCCCUGAGAUCCCAGUCGAGAGUCGCGCGGGCUACCAACCGCCGACGGAGCCAGCUCUACCAAAUUCAGAAUACUCACCUGAUACCCCCAAACCGACAUCUAAGAAAAACCAAAGCAAGCGCAAAGAUAAUAUUGAGGCGCGGUCUCGUCAACCAUCCCUUGAUCGAGCUGGAGGAGAUGCGAUUCAACCGGCAGGGAAUGGGCGGCCGGAACAAUCUCCAUGGCUGAAAGGUCUGGCUCUGCCUCGUGCCAAUGGCGAGACAAGCCUGGACAUGGAGAUCCGCGCAUUGGACCAGUACCUUAUGCCCACUUCUCAAGAGACAGACCAAAUCGAAAAGCUCAGGGCAGAGGUAGCCUCACUUCUUGAGGCGGUAGUUCCGCACGCACCCAGAAUAAUUGGAUCGCACUGCACCGGUCUUGUCCUGGCGCACUCAGAUCUCGAUUUCAUCUUACCAUAUGAGGACCUUCCACGUUCACCAGAUCGCGAUCGAAAACCCAGUCCUACCCGGCCUCAGAUUCAAGAUGCCCAUAUCCGCCUCCUCCGUCAAGUCGAGAGAGCCUUGCAACAUACUGAUGCGUUCAAUGGCCAGGUUCAAUUAUCUGACAAGCGCAACCCUGCGUUAUCAGCUCGGCACCGGCCAACGGGACUUUUGCUCCAAUUCUACUGUGGUGAGGGUGUCCCUGCCAUUACGGAGUAUCUGCAGGAUUACCAGGCCGAGUAUCCCGGCCUCCGGCCUCUGUAUGCCACAACGCGUACAUUGCUAGAGGCGCGCGGCCUGUUCGGCUCACCUCAGGCGAGCAUUGGACCAGAUGGGCUAGCCAUGCUCAUCGUGGCCUUCCUCAAGAUGAACCACGGCCGUUUCACAGGGCCCAAUCGCCUCGGUGACCAAUUCCUUGCCCUCUUGCAUUUCUAUGGCACUGAAGUUGACCUUCAGUCCGUCGGCAUCGCAGUGGAUCCUCCUGGACUCUUCGACGCGAGCUCAUUACUAGCUACCUCAGAUGUUGAUGAACUCGCCCACCAGCGCGGCCAACGUUCUCUCAUCAAUACCAAGCGUACCGCCGCAGCAAAGGGGAACCAUCUUGUUGCACACCGGCUGUGCAUCCAAGAUCCGACCCAUUAUAUGAACGAUCUGGGCCGUUCAUGCACUCGCACAUCUGAGUUGCAGGGCGCUUUCGUGACUGCGCAUCAACAGCUUCGUCAAGCAUGCGACAAUUGGACGAGUAACGGCAAGAACAGGAAUUUGAGUAUUCUUACGACUGCCCUGCAUGCCAACUUUGAUACCCUGGAGAACGUUCGCAAUCAGCUCGUGUACCUGGGUAACCAUUCCUAG